AGUGGUCGUGGGGUCAGCGCUGACGACCUAUAAACAGAGAGAUUUCAAGGACUGAACCUCUUACGACGUUCGGGAGAGAGGAAAGAGAGGAAGAAAAAAAGUAAUAAUAACAAAUUAACUAACUAACAAGAUCCGCUUCUGGAAAUGUGUUCUUAUCUGAGAUAAUAUCACAAAAAAGUUAUUUUACAAUAAUUAUCGAUCAGUGAGAAGGCCGACCUCAGGAAACCCCACGAAAAAGGACCCACAAUGUUACGACUGUUGACUUUAGUGUCGCUGGCGUGCGUCGCUUUGGCCGACGACGGCGAGUUGAUGAAAGUGCCCACGUACCUCAUGAACUACAUCCUGGACUGCAAGAGGCAAUCGAUCGAGAGCGGCUACGGAGUCCCUGUCUAUCAGACGAACAUCAAGCAGUCGGGGACGUCGCAGCACGUGAGUCUCCUGGAUUUGGAUGAGCUCGAGGACUCGCUGAAGCAGUCGGUGCACAACGAGGCGGUGGUGGCGCACGUCCUGACCCAGGUGAACGACGCGGUCAGGACGGCCACCGACAACCCGAAGUCAAGGUCCGACUGUUCGGUCGAGAACCACAUCCAGAUCGCCAUUCCCCCGCAGGAGAUAGACGAGUUCAACGACCGCGUGCAGAUGCUCAUUCAGCAGAACAGUUUCCUUCUUCUGGAGCAGAUGAACACACUCUUCGCCUUCAAACUGCGCUCGCUGAAGAGUGACUUGGAGAAGGUGAUUAAGCGGAGGUACAACGCCCUCGAGAGCAAGUUGGACUUGAUCAUGGGAGCGCUCGGCGUCGAAAUGCCCGAGGAACCCAAGCCAACUACUGACGACGACGUCGACAACCCCGUGACUGAAAUGCCGGAAAUCAUCACCGAUUCCGUGUUCCCGAGCCUAGUCCCGCAGCCCGUCCCCAGCCCAGAACCCGAGCCGGUGGCAACGCCCGGCCCCUUCCCGCAGCCCGAACCAACGGUACAACCGGCUCCCGAACCCAUUGCAGAACCAGUAACGACGGUACAACCGGCUCCCGAACCCUUUGCAGAACCAGAACCGACGUCUCGACCAGAUCCCGACGACGAUGACGACGACGACCUAGACUUCACGGAGCGACCUGACGACGCGAACGACCCCACCUCAGGCGACGAGUCGAGUGACGAAGACUCAGGGUCCUCCAGUGGCUUCGUCAGGACGCCACAGCAGCCGGCUUCGGUGGUGUCUCACAGCGGCUUCGGCUUCAUGCGGCCCAUCGUGUCCCGCCCCUUCACGCGCCGGAAGGUCCAGCGCCCCAGCAGCUUCUGGCGCGAUCGCUUAGAAACGCAUAGGGCGUCAGUGGCAUCCCACAGAGCUCAACGGCGCCGGGAAAGAAUUCCACAGAGGUCAGCCUUGGAUUCACGUUACGGAGAACUUUUGCCAUUCAGCAGGCCAGUUCCAACCAGGCGAGAUCGCAUCAGCAUCGCCCGGAAAGAGUAUCAGGAGGCUCUCAGAAGUGGAGCGUUGUAUAUGGGAUUCUAGAUGUUCUUUUUGUUUUCCUGGCCUUUGAACAUGUAUCUGGGAUUAUAGAUGAUCAUGUAUAGGGGAUUACAGAUGCUCUUUUGUUUUCCUGGUUGUACAUGUAUAAGGGGAUUAUGGAUGUUCCUUUGUUUUCCUGGCAUCUGAUGUAAUUUUUAAAGGGAUAUUUUUAUCUUCGAUAAUGUCACAGGAUUAAAAAGUUAUAGGUGAUGUUUAUAUAUGUUUAAUUAAAACGGAAAGCUGUGCGGUCAUAGGGAUUUGUCGAUGCUCUUUUGCUACUCGGUUGCUUUCUUUCUGGUUUUAUAUAUCUAUAGUCCUCUGGAUGUUUAUAGUGCUUCAAAAUGCUGUAAUAUUUUUAUACUAGAGAAUGUAAAUAUACUCAGAAAAUGAUGAUCAUCAGUUAACAGGGUGUUUUAGAUGCUCAUUUGUUUCUUUUUCAGUUAAUUUGCUUCCCCAUGUUCUAUAUGGAUAUUUAUAUCCUCAUGGAAACUUGGAGUGCUUUUCCUGAGAUUAUUCUAGCGCGUGUAUAUGUGAUAUGUAAGAGAAUUUUAGAUUAUAUCGAUGAAGGCUGUGAGAAAAGGACAAUAAGAUAAAAAAUAAUUAUACAGAUAUAUAUACUAUAGAUACACACUAUAUUUAUACGCUUACAUACAGGGCAUUCAUAUGUACACUAUGUCUGUAUUCUUGUAUCGAUGAGAUUUCAUAAGUACAGUCCUCACUCUUUGUUUAGAUUAUAAAUAAAAGUUCUAAAUAUACA